AUGGCUGCGCCCGGCCCCAGCCCUCAGCAGAUGGCGGCAAUGCAGCAGCAGUUCGCCGCCGAGGCCGCCAAACGAGGGAUGACACCUGAACAAUUCGCCCAGAAGCAGCGCGAACAGCUCACUGCUGACGCCGAGAAGCUCGGCUUGACUACUGAGCAGUAUGUCGCACAGCUGCGGAUGCGAGCAAUGCAGCAGCACCAGGCGCAACAGCAAGCGCAGGCUCAACAAGCUCAACAAGCUCAACAAGCUCAACAAGCUCAGCAACAAGGUGGACAGCCCGGACAGCAACAGCAACAGAGCCAGGCACAAGCUCCCCAGCAACAUCAACACACGACACAACAACAGGUUCCCGUGAACCCCAACAACCCUCCUGACCCGAAGGCCAUUGCAGUCGCCAACUGGCUGCGCUCACAGAGCCUCAAGCCGCGCACAUGUAUCAUGGACGGCCAGCGCAAGGAUAUGUUCAAGGUCAAGCGAGCAAUCCGUGCCAUCGAGUCUCCCGCAUACGCCAAAGCUGCCGCAAAGAAAAACUCCCUCCUACCCCCCGUGACAGACCGCGCGUCAGCAGAGAACGUAUUUAAGCUCCUCCCACUGUCCCUGCUAGCUCUUCGAGUAAGCAAAGUCGACCCACAUGCCGGUCACGACCAUGCCAAACCCAAGAACCGCACCAAGGGCUUGUGGACCGUCAAGAUCGAGCAGCACCAGGAAACCGACCCUAUGAUGCACUACGUCUGGCUCUACGACGGUCCCCAGUGGAAGCAGAAGGCCAUGGCCGCCGCCGUCGUUGCUGGUAUUUUCGCUGUUGUUCUCUUCCCACUCUGGCCCAUCAUGCUGCGCCAGGGUGUGUGGUACCUGAGUGUUGGAAUGAUGGGACUGCUCGGUCUCUUCUUCGCCAUGUCCAUCUUCCGUUUGAUUCUAUUCUGCAUUACUGUGUUCGCUGCUCCUCCCGGUCUCUGGCUGUUCCCCAACCUGUUUGAGGAUGUUGGAUUCUUCGACAGUUUCAAGCCUCUAUGGGGCUGGCAAGAGACCAAGGAGAGCAAAAAGGCAGCCAAAAAGUCCAAGAAGACGUUGACCCCUGCAGCCACUGAAACUUCAGCCUCCUCAACAACGACUGCUUCCGCAACGACUACCUCCGCCGAAACAACCUCGACACCCGCGUCCGUAGUGAAACGAGAUCUGAGUGCACGAGUGGAGGAAGAAGCAGAGUAA